UAAACAUUGCUUGGGUCGUCCAAAUUAAGAGAGAGAGAGAGAGAGAGAGAGAGAGAGAGAGAGAUCAAAUGGAAGGUGAUAAAGGUUAUAGAGCUCACGUGUUGGCAGUUCCUUAUCCUGCUCAAGGUCACAUAAACCCGUUGCUCCAAUUCUGCAAGCGCGUUUCCUCUAAGGGCAAGGGCAUCAAAGUGACUCUAGCCAACACCGUCUUCAUCGCCAACUCGUUGCAGCGCACAUCAUCGGGCUCCGUCUACUUCGAUACCAUCUCCGAUGGCUACGACGAAGGCGGCUUUGCUCAAGCUGGGAGCGUCGCCGACUAUCUAUCCCGGAUGGAAGCCGUGGGAUCCAAAACCCUAGCCGAGCUCAUUAAAAAGCACCAAAACUCACCCCAACCUAUAGAUUGCAUUGUUUACGAUCCCUUUUUACCUUGGGCUUUGGAAGUAGCCAAACAAUUUGGUAUGCUUGCCUGUGCCUUUUUUACUCAAACAUGCACGGUUAAUUACACUUACCAUCUCCAGCAUCAUGGGAAACUGACGAUUUCUUCUGUUCCGGGGUUGCAUGACGUGCUUGAGCCUCGAGACUUCCCGUCCUUCAUUUCUGUCCCGGGCUCAUAUCCAGCUUACUUUGAGAUGGUGUUGAACCAAUUUUCUAACACCCACAAAGCUGAUUUCAAUUUUGUCAAUACUUUCUACAAGUUAGAGCAAGAGGCGGUGGAAUCCAUGUCAAAAGAUUGUCCAAACUUGUUGACAAUAGGGCCAACAAUUCCAUCUUUUUACUUGGACAAUAGCAUCAAAGACGACAAGGAUUACGGGGUCCAUCUUUUCAAGUUCGACUCGACCUGCACAGACUGGCUCAACACCAAGCCAGCAGGCUCGGUUGUAUACGUGGCGUUUGGUAGCAUGGCCAAUCUAAGUGACAAGCAGAUGGAGGAGCUUGCAUUUGGGUUGAAGGAAAGCGGCUUCCACUUCUUGUGGGUGGUUAGGCCUUCGGAGGAGGCAAAGCUUCCCUCCAAGUUUGUCGAAGAGACGAGUAAUAGUGGUCAAGGGUUAGUAGUAAAAUGGAGCCCUCAGUUGGAGGUGCUGUCGCAUGCGGCGGUGGGAUGUUUUUUCACACACGGCGGGUGGAAUUCGACGAUUGAGGCAUUAAGCUUGGGAGUGCCAAUGAUUGCAAUGCCGCAGUGGACCGACCAGCCUACUAAUUCCAAGCUAGUUGAGGAUGUUUGGAAGGUUGGUGUUAGAGUGAAGGUUUAUGAUCAUGAUAAUGAUGAGAUAAACGAUCGCGGUGAGAAUGUUACUGGGGUGGUCGGAAGAGAAGAGUUUAAGCGUUGCAUUAGGAAAGUGAUGGAAGAUGAGAAGGAUGGGAUUGAAAUGAAAAAGAAUGCAAAGAAAUGGAGGGAGUUGGCAAUAGAGGCUGUGAGUGACGGUGGCACUUCGGACAAAAACAUCCAAGAAUUCGUGUCCAAAUUGACAACCGCAGCCUAAACCCUACAAUCUAUUUAUAUUCUUCUCACAUUUCAGUGAGAAGUUUUAUAUUCGAUAAAAGUGACGGUUUUAAUAUUUGAUUUAUGGUAAUAUGCUAUCAAACAUAUAAUUGUUGCCUUUAAAUUGCAUGUGAUUAGCCA